AUGCGGUUGCGGAAGGUGGCGCAGCGGGCCACGCCGAAGGUGUGCGCGCCGGAGAGGGCCACCAGUUCCCGCAGGUUCAGUCCCUGGUUGGCGAAGCUGGAGAUGAGCGCGGAGAGGCUGGACGACGGGCCGGGAAGGUUGCUGUUGGCUGCGCUCUGGCUCGCCGUUCUCGCGUCCCUCCGCCCGAGGGGCACCGUCCACGAAGGUCCUCCGCUCUGCAUGGAAGAAGGCAGUCAGUAUCCUUUGGUUAAAGAGUGGACUCGUUCGAUGUAA